AUGCUUUUUAUUUCACAAUAUUCAUCUCCAUCCGAGUCCAUUCUUCCUUCAUUGACUUUUCUAUCAACUACUCUACAGCGCAUUAAAAUCCCUCUUCAGUUUAUUGUGGGUGAUUAUAACGCCCAUAAUACAACUUGGGGUUAUGCUUCAACGGAUGAAAAAGGCCAUUCUUUGGAGGAUUUUCUAUCAGCACAUCAUUUAAUUCUGCAUAACUCAAUUGAUGCCCCUCCAACCUUCGACAGAAUACAUUCACGUGGAUGGCCGGAUCUGACUAUUAGUUCCACUUCUGCGGCUUCUCUCCUCCAGAACUGGACAGUUGAAGAUGAAAUAAGUCUUAGCGACCAUCGCUAUAUUACAUUUACAAUAGCUCAGCCUACAACCAUUCAAAUUAUUCGACGCUACAAUCUGCCAGGGAAACGGAUACGUGCCUUUACUGAUCGUGUGAAAGCAUUAGUAAAUGAUCUCGAUGGUCAACUUUCUUCAGCCAAUACUCGCGCUGAUUUGGAGAAUUUCACGGUUGUUCUACAGAAGGGUCUUCAACAAAUCUGUAAUGAUCUUUUACCACAACGCCAUGCCAAAAAGCUAAAUAAUAUACAAUGGUGGAACAGUGAACUUCGUUCCCAGCAGAAGAAAUGCCGCGCUUUACGACGGCGAAUCAAAUAUGAGCGACGAAUGCAUCUACCACCAACUUCGCUCCCUCUAUAUCAACAGGAGAGAGCAAAAUAUAAACGUUCAAUUUUACAAGCGAAAUUGAAUUCCUGGCAUGCCUUCUGUACCGAAUCGCAUGAUACAUAUGGGAUUCAUCAUAAGAUAAUGACAGGCAAAUUAUUCAAACCUGCUCAAUUAUUUCUUCCUCUUGGCUCAACAGCCUCACAAGAUUUUACCAAAGAUACUCUGACUCAUAUCUUGGAUACUGUUUUUGGACCGUCUGAUCUCUAUGAGGGUACUUCCCAUCACUCAUCGAUAUCUGAAGAAGAGCUCUCAUCCACUGCGUCUCCGGACAAAGAAAUUACUUUAAAGGAAUUAAAAUUCAUUGUUGCCCAUUUGCCGAAACGGAAAGCUCCAGGCCCGGAUGGCAUUGACUAUGCCAUCGUCAAUCGUCAAAACUGCCAUCUUGGCCUCACCAGUAUUUUUUGUUAUAUUUUUCAACAAGUUAUUGGCAACUGGUACUUUUCCUAG